AUGGAGCAUUCAGUCUGUCGACAGUGUGAGGACAGGAAAAGGAAGCGAAAUGUCUUCAACACUUUCCCGUGGUUUCCUGGCUCUGGGAUCCCUUUCUACGAUUUUGGGCCCGAGGACGACAAGCGCGUGAGGAGGAAACAAUUUACCGCGAGCCUCUUGUUCCUGGACAUGCAGGAGCGAGUGAACGAAGUGCUCAGAACGAGGGAGGAGAAGGACGUGGAGGAGCGGAGGAUCUCAGCUAGGCUUGCGAAGCAGCAUGCGAUCAGUUUCGAUCGUCGGCCUCUGCCCAGGGUCGAGCAAGCCACGAAAAUCCGAUUGCAGCAUUCUGAGAACGAGCAGGGGGAAGACACGGGGAGCGGAGCUGACAGAACUCGUCCUGUAGCCCUCAAUGCAGCAAGGAAAGGGCAACAACGUGCGACAGUGACUUCUCAGCCCCUUGACAACUGCCUGCCAUGCUGGAAGCAGAACAAGCUUGCUCCGCAAGGUCUUCUGACCUCCAUCGACCCCCUCACGGCAUGCGGGGAGGCGUUCCAUGAUCUGGUGGACGUGCUUGCCCGAGAUGCUGCGACGUCCAGCGCUGAGAAGGAGGCGAUUCAGAGCGCGUUCAUCCUCAAGAAACAGUCCACAGACUGCUGA